AUGAGGAGGAGCGCCUAUUCGUACGUGGAAGAAGAAGCGGGAGGUCUUUCUUUCGGAGCCAGGAUGAAAAGACGGCUCAGGAAUUUGUGCCAGGGGGAUGCCUCUACCUCUACACCUCGAAACGACCAAGUCUUCCUCUUCAACAACAGGAGCUCCUGCACCAUCAACCACCGCCGCUGCCGCAGCCGCCUUCACGACGGCGACGACGAGGAGGAGGAUGAGGCCGAGAUUCCGUGUGUCGACAAUAUGAUUAACGGAUUAGCGGUUCCGGCUUGGCAGCAGCGCCCGCCAUCGUCGCCAGCGGCGGGCCGAGCCUCAACAAACCGGACACUGGAGGAGAUGAUUAUGCAGCUGGAACUGGAGGAGGCGGCAGCGGCGGCCAGGAAAGCGGCGGUGACUAGAAGGAUGUCGUGCGUCAACACGAGUUCGGAUCGGGUGCUGAGAUCCGCCCGAAACGCACUGAACCAGUACCCGCCCCGCUUCUCCCUCGACGGCAAGGACGCCAUGUACCGCUCCUCUUUCCUCAACGACGACGAGCCACUCCGCCGCCGCCGCCCCGACCCCAAAAGGCUCGCGAAUUUCGUCGAUCGAAAUCGGGACUGCCACCGUGAUCAGCCGCCUAGGAGAAGUGGAUGCAACGGCGGUGGUGGGAAUGUGGUGUGGUGCAAACCGGGAGUUGUACCGAAGCUUAUGGGUCUUGACGCGAUUCCGGUGCCGGUUAAUUAUUUUCCCGGUCAUAGAGGGCCCUUGUUCUUUUGACGGUGUUUUGGUGAUGUUUACUCUUUGGUUACAGGGAAUUUAGUUGUUAUUAUGCAAUCUAAUUAUGAUUGAAAAUACUUUAGGCUUAUAUUGUGCUAAGAAUGAAUGAAUGAUAAUAGUCAUAUAUUCUAA